AUGUGUGGGAGUGUUGCUGGAAGAAAUUGGCGGAGGACAGUACGUACGGACUACAACAACGUCGUACCAAUUCAGGUCCACCUGUGUCCGACGAUGCUCCGAGAAACUACGCUUAACAUAUUAAAAAUCAACAUCAAAAGUUUGAGUAACUUUCCCUCAAUGCCGAUCCCGAAUGGGUCGAUGAUGGACGCCACAGUAAACAAAUUAUUUCUCGACAAGCUGGACUAUGACGUUGAUACAAUGCGUCAAAAACUUAAGAAAUACCUUUCAUCCAUUACUGAUGAGCAGAAAAAAGUGUUUAAUGAUAUCAUGGAUGUUGUUACAAAUAAGAGAGGCGAAACAAUUAUAAAUGUUGCUUCCAGUGGCAUUGCUUCGCUUCUACUUCCCGGUGGCAAAACUGCACAUUCGAGAUUCUGA